AUGGUACAGCAAUCGUUCGGAACGCCACAUACUAGCACCCGACCAGAAUGUCCACCUUCAAAGUCCCAACUCCCAAGUCCUGUCAUUCCUGCCUCACGUCGCACGGCAACAUCCACCUGGCCGAGUGGUAUAACAGAUAUCCUCAUGUACUAUGAAAGAGGGCAAAUGUGGAGAAGAUGGCCUCAUUUACUCGGUAACCCAGACAUGCUAAUUUCCCUUUUCUCCCAUCUGCACAGGUCAGACAUGACGCGACUCCCCCCGGCCUUCCGGCCUUCUUCAUACCAACUUUUCUACAGUCCAGUCGAGCAAUGCUUCAAAAUAUCUGUCGAAUCGAGUGGGGCUUCGUCGAAAGCCGAGUUUACGCAUUCACGAAAUCAAACUGUCGGCCUAAUGAAGUUGCAUAAUUAUUCGUAG